AAUAAGGACACGUUUGGCGAGGCACAAAGACAAAAUCCAACAAAGCAAAUAAUCAUCAUAUCGCCAAUCAAUCAAUCAGGCUUUUCCACAUAAUAAUAAAUCAUCUUCUCCUCCUAAACCUCGAAUGUUGAUCCGUGAAUCAGCGCUCUGAAAUUCAAACUGAUCCAAACAUGUCAUGGUUCGCUCGCACUAUAGCCAACUCUCUCCGAAUCGACGACGAUGACGAAGACGAUGAUCACACCACACCAAACCCUAAGCAAUCCCAAUUUCAACAACGGCACCAACAGGAACUCGAAGAACAAGACGACGGUGAAGAUGAAGAUCGAAUCGACAGUCAUGGACGUGGUGUCAAAGAAGACCUCUCGGAAUUCAAACAAACCCUAACUCGCCAACUUUGGGGCGUCGCCUCUUUCCUCGCUCCACCAGCAGGCCCUCCACCUCCUCCUCCUCCUCCUCCGUCGCCAACCUCUUAUCGCCACACUCAUCGCUCCGUCUCCGAUCGGAGUCGAUGGGAAUCGUACGAUCGUUCCGGUUCCGGCGAUGUAUCGGAUGAGGACGGAUUGGAAUCAGAAACUUGCACUGAUUUCGACGAGAGGAUUAGAUCCGGAAUGUAUGAUCUGUCGAAUGACAAUGCGGUGCCGGAGUUUUCGCGAGGAGUGUCGGAGGAUGGGAUUGAGGCAGCCGUCGGUGUUACGGAUGAGGUGUUGGCUUUCGCGAUGAAUAUCGCGCAUCAUCCCGAGACGUGGUUGGAUUUUCCUUCGUUCGAGGAAGAAGGCAUGGAUGAUUUUGAUAUCUCUGAUGCCCAAAACAAGCAUGCACUGGCUGUUGAACGGCUAGCACCAAGAUUAGCUGCUCUCAGAAUUGAACUUUGUCCUGCUCAUAUGAGUGACGCUUACUUUUGGAAGGUGUACUUUGUUCUUUUGCAUUCAAGACUCAACAAGCAUGAUGCUGACCUUUUGUCAACACCCCAGAUAGUAGAAGCAAGAACAAUGUGGAUGCAAGAGCUACAAAAGCGGAAAAAGGUAGAAUCAGAUUGGUUUGGAAGAAGCACUUCUUACUCGAAAGAGAGCCCUCAAUCAUGGCAGGAUGAUUUUGGUCCUCCUUCAUCUGAUGAUACUCCUAGAAACAUGUCACACGGGGCAUUUACUUUUGAACCUUCAACGUACUCUGCUACAACAGAAUUUGAGACUGAUAAACACCCCGUUGUAACUAGUGAGAUCCAGAUCAUUGACAAGUCUGUUAUUGAAGAAGAGCCGGUGAUCAAGACCCGAGUUAAGGAUUUUGUGGCUGGUCCAUCCCUUGUACCAGCGCAGAAAUAUGACGAGGACGAUGACUGGCUAGAGGACAAUUCAGAAUUAGACGGGUACAGUGGAGCUGCAUUUGUGGGUGAUGGUGAAGAUGUGUCAUUCAGUGAUCUCGAGGAUGAUGCUGAUUCUAGUGUACCUAUAAAAUCCAAGAUAGGGUUAAAAGGUUUAGAUAAGUCGACCAGACUCUCAUGAUUUUGGCUUCAGCUGAGCAUCAGCCUUUCUGAUUCUGAGGAUUCACGGUGUCAACGUGUCAUUAAAUGAGAACACCGGGAUCGAUCAACUUUCCCAGCAUGGAUGCUGUCUGGUUCAAGCACGUGGUGAUACAUAUGAGCUUUUUUAAGGGAUGAAUUGGCAGUCAAGUUUCCGAAGAAGAAUGUUCUCUUAAUGAUCAUGCAAGCAUUGUAAUGCACUGAGCAGGUUUGCACUUCAUGUGUUUGUGUUUGAAGCAACCCCUCACUGUCAAGAACAUGAAAGCUUUUACAAGGCGAGAAUGAUUUAUUGUGGAUUAGUACCGAGAUUUUUUCAUUCUUAUUGAAGUUUAUGAUUAUGGUCUCUCCUGUAGAGAGCGCAAGAGCUGAAUACAAGGGACUGUUUUCUUCUUUUUUUUACAAAAUUGAGGAUGAUAUUGUCUUGCAAUUUUUUUUUUUUUUUUUUUUUUGCUAGAGAAGCAUGAGACAGAGAUUCUGUAUGUAAAACAUAUUUGAGUAAGAUUGAUGAUCCAAAUUCAUUAAGGCUC